GAGGCGGGGCCGGCGGGCCCGGAGGCGGGGGAAAGCGGGAAGGUGACCCGGCCGCGGGGCGGAGCCGACGCAGCCGGGCGCGGCGGCCAGGGCCAGCAUGGGCGGCGUGGGCCCGCUCCUGCGUCCUGUGGCCUGGAGGCUGAACCAGAGGCGCGACAUCUCCUCUUGGCUGGCCAAAUGGUUCCCCAACAUCCCAGCCAAGCCCGUGGUGGCCCUGAAAACACCCAUCAAGGUGGAACUAGUGGCAGGGAAAACCUACAGGUGGUGUGUGUGUGGCCGCAGCAAGAAGCAGCCCUUCUGUGACGGCUCCCACUUAUUCCAACUCACUGGCCUCUUCCCACUCAAGUUCAAAGCCCGGGAGACCCGAACAAUGGCCCUAUGUACCUGCAAGGCCACUCAGAAGCCCCCGUACUGUGAUGGCACCCACAGGAGUGAGAGGGUGCAGAAGGCAGAAGUGGGGUCCCCGCUCUGAGCAGGUGGCUGCUGCUCCGCCCCAGGCCUCUGCGACAGGUGUCCCCUUGGUGGGGAAGGAAGAUGAGUGCCAAGCCCAAGAAGGCAUCAUCCACGGACCCAAGUACCAACAGCUGGCCUGUGAAGGACUCACCUCCCAUAACCCGAUGUCUGUAAUCUGGGGCAGCCGGGAACAGGUCCCUGCUUUAACACCUGCUGUUGGAGAAGAGGGCAUUAAACAGGCCUGCCCGUC